AUGAGCAACCUUGAGAAGAAACGUGAAGAGUUUCGCCGAUACCUAGAAACCACUGGUGCCGUUGACAACCUGACCACAGCUCUAAUAAAGCUUUAUGAGCAGAAAAAUAAGCCACAAGAUUCAGUCAAGUUUCUGCGUCGUGAAAUGUGCUCAGAUUGUCAUGAUGAAGAUCAAUAUCAACUUUUGGAAGCAGAUUUGGAAGCUGCAAACAGGAAAAUUUGUCAUUUGGAACGAGAAUUGUUAAAAUUGAAAGGAAGUCUCAGGAAAACAUCAAGUGAAGUUCAAAUGGCAUUGGAAAGAGGAUAUGAAGAUAUGAUUCUUGCUGGAGAUCCUGAAGCUGGUCUAAGGAAGAUUUUGACAAGAGAAUUGAUUGAUAAUUUGAAGGAAACAAAGACAGUCUUCAAAGGAACUUUACUUGACUGCAUUCAGGCUGGAUUAGAGUAUUUAGACUCACCAAUUGCUUUUGCUUUUGCAUGUGAUCUUGAUGCUUACUGCGUCUUUUCUGAUCUUUUUAAUCCAAUAAUUGAAGAAUUGCAUCAAUUUAAAGCUGAAAACAAACAUCCAGCACUGAAUUGGGAUGAGACAUGCAAAAUAACACAAUUUGAUGACAAGUACGUGAAGUCAAUUGAGAUAAGUUGCAUAAGGAAUAUUGCAGAAUAUCCAUUCGCACCAAUCAUGUCAUUUGAGAACUAUGACGAGAUCCAGAAGAGACUUGUUGGAGUUGUCAAGUGCUUGUGCAGCGGUGGACUUAAAGGACAAUUCUUUGAUCUUGAAAAUAUGACAAAUGAGGCUAGAAAGUCAUUCAUCGACAACAAAAUCUUAUUUAAGGAUGACUGUCCAGUAUUAAAAGCUGCAAAUGUCUAUCGAUUUUGGCCUAAUGGACGUGGAAUUUACGUCAAUGAAUCUAAGAACUUUUACAUUUGGUGCAACCAAAAAGAUCAUUUCAAAUUUUUCGUGAAAGAACUGAGUGGCAACAUGCGUGCUGCCUACGAGUUGCUCAUAUCUGGCGUCACUCAAGUCUGCAAGGACUUUGAAAUUGCUCAUGACGAACGAUUGGGAUUCUUGACGUUUUCACCGAGCGAAUUGGGAAAUACAAUUCACAUGUCUGUUCAUAUGGAACUAGAUAAAUUGCCAAAAAAUCAAGACAAACUCGACGAGAUUGCUUGCAAUUUUAAUUUAAAUAUCAAGAAAACUGAUGACGAUGGAAGCGACAUGCUGUAUGAGAUAACAAACAUGAGAUGCUUGGGAAUGUGUGAAUUUGAUACGGUCAAAGAACUUUCGGAUGGAAUCGUUGCACUUAUUGAUGCUGAAAAGUCGAUGUAACGUGCUUGUUGUGGAUAUGGAAAUUAUCUCGCGUGACUGCUAAAUUUUUUUUGUUUUGGAGCUUCUAAAUUGUCUGUAAUAAAAU